GCUGCCCAAAUUCAAGAGGGAGUUAAAACGGAGCGCUUUAGACAAACGAUUCAUUGCCGGCGAUGUUAUGGGUGCGACCGUUUUCUUAACAUGGAAUUUGCUUUAGCUGUAUAUAAUGAGAAAUCGCGCUAUAAUGCGGAGUUGGCUGAGCUGUUGAGAGGGCUGAGUCUCCCAUCACUGCGCUGUUAUCACCUCGCAUGAGAGCCAUUAUUCCAAAUAAUAAUAAUAAUAAUAAUAAUAAUAAUAAUAGUAGUAGUAAUCUCAACGCUUUCAUCUUUACACGACUCAUCUACACGUCUGAUUAAUCUACACGUCUCACACGCGCUCUAAAUGCGCCGGUAAUUCUACUGGGACAGAGAUUGCAUUGCUUUUACCUCCUUAUUGUCUAUACGUGGAAAACGGCAUUGAUAAUGAGCGAACAGAGCAUUUGCCAGGCCCGGGCUUCUGUAAUGAUCUACGAUGACACCAGCAAGAAGUGGGUGCCCAUCAAGCCAGGCCAGCAGGGCUUCAGUCGCAUCAACAUCUACCACAACACUGCUAACAACACUUUCCGAGUGGUCGGAGUCAAACUACAGGACCAGCAGGUUGUGAUAAACUACUCUAUAGUGAAGGGGCUGAAAUAUAACCAGGCCACUCCGACGUUCCAUCAGUGGCGUGAUGCCAGACAAGUUUAUGGACUCAACUUUGCCAGCAAGGAGGAGGCCACCACUUUCUCCACUGCCAUGCUUUUUGCCCUCAAUGUGCUUAGCUCACAAGAUGCAGCAGGUCCAGCUGGUCAGCGGCAGAACGGACCAACAACGGAUGACACAGAAGCACAGAGGAGGCAGAUGAUGGAGCAACAUCAGAUGCAGAUUGAAAGGGAGCGACGGACAUCUGGCUCUGCAGCAGGUCCUCCCAUCCCUCCUGGACAUCCCUCCAUGCUCUCCUCCACUCCCCCACUCCAUCCACCUGCUCCUGUUCCCAUGGCAGGUCCUCCAGCUCCUCCACCUCCGCCUGGACCUCCUCCCCCAGCUGCUGCACCUCCUCCUCACCCGCCUCCUCUCCCAGCUCCAUCAGGCUUGGCUGCUGCUCUGGCUGGAGCCAAACUGCGCAAAGUACAGCGGCCUGAGGAGAGCUCUGCAGGGCUGGGCGGUGCCAAGAACGAUGCCAGCCGCUCCAGUGGGGGCAGUGGAGGAGGAGGAGAGGGCCUCAUGCAAGAAAUGAAUGCCCUUCUAGCACGAAGGAGGAAAGCUUCUGAAAAACCUGAAGACAGUCAAAAUGAAGAAUCCAACGGAUCUCCAGCCUCACGUGGCUCAGACGCUCUGAAGAAGCCAUGGGAGCGAGCUAAUUCUUCAGACAAAUCCUCUGCUGGAUCAAGGUUGAGAGCUGUCGGCAGCACCGCUGAUGGAGAAUCGGGAGACUUUGACCGAAUGAAACAGGAGAUCUUGGAGGAAGUUGUACGUGAACUGCAUAAAGUCAAAGAUGAGAUAAUAGAUGCCAUUAGAAGAGAACUCACUAGGAUGGGUGCUACAUAGUGUUUUGAAGCAUGAUAAGAACACCAGGAGGCUCUUGGGGAAAGUACGGAAAGGAUCCUGUGGCGCUGUGGAGGAAAGGUCUUGCAACAUAGCUGCAACGGCAUGGAAAAAGUUGGUGUUGCAGGAAUGUUGCAUCAACUCGGAGCAUUACAGAAAGAAGCACGAGAAAGAUGCGAAGAGGAAGUGAGUGAGAGUUUGUUUGCAUGUGUGGAUGGAUGGAUGGAUGGAUGGAUGGAUGGAUGGAUGGAUGGAUGAAUGGAUGGACCUUCACACUGAAUUUUCUAUUUCCUCCUGUAUAAACAUUAAAAGACUCAGCCCACUGUGCAGUUUGCUGCUCCCAGUCUUUCAAGUCUUAAAGUAAAAUUCGACUAGGUGGACCUUGAAGAUAUUUUCAUUUUAUACUGUUUUGUUGUUUGAUUACUGUUAUUGUAAAAGUAAUUUUAUUAUCAGUGGUGUCAGGCAGAGAACUAGAAACACAACAAUGCUCACUUUUUGUCAGUGUUUUCUAUUUUAUCUUCAUACUUUCGUUUUUGAUAAGCACAUUCACAGCACACUUUUCGCUGGUCUGUCACCAUCCUGCAUUACAGUUUAAUCAUUUUUUCCUGCCAAAACAGAUGUUCACUGGAUUUUUUUUUUAGCUUGAAUUUGAAUUGGUAGUGUGACGUUAUUGAUGAUGGUCUUAUGAGAGAUGUAUCUGUAGCUAUAGCCCUGUGAAAAGGCAGUUUGUGGACUCUCCUCAUUUGGUUUGAAAGAGAAUUGGUUCAUAAUAUUGGAUCCUAAAUUAUUUGAAUGAUUAGCCUAUCUUGCUGGGUUAAUCCUCCUAAAAGUUAACAAUAAAAUGACCUUUGAAUAAAACACUGAAUCUAUAA